GGAGAUAGGAGAAGAGGCCGGAAGCGGGACAGGAAGCAGGGAGAGGUGGAGAAGGCCCAAGGGAGGAGGAGGAGGAAGAAGCAUCCUCCCUUGUCCUCUCCCUCGCCGGCAGCAAAUUCACCCAAUGGAGGGCGGCGUGCGGCGGAGGAGCAACGGGAACAAGGACGGGGAGUGGCGGCGGUGGGCGGCGCUGGUGGCGACGGUCUGGGUGCAGGCGCUGACGGGGACCAACCUCGACUUCUCCGCCUACUCCUCCGCGCUCAAGUCCUCCAUGGCCGUCUCCCAGCAGUCGCUCUCCUACCUCGCCACCGCAUCCGACCUCGGCAAGGCCUUCGGAUGGUCCUCCGGCCUGGCCCUCCUCCACCUGCCGCUUCCCCUCGUGCUCCUCCUCUCCGCCGCCAUGGGGCUCGCCUCCUACGCGCUCCAGUACUGCCUCCUCCUGCCUUCUUCCUCCUCGCCGCUCGCCCCCGACGCCGUCCCUUACCCCGCCGUGUUCCUGGUCUGCCUGUUAGCAGGGUGCAGCAUCUGCUGGUUCAAUACGGUCUGCUUCGUCAUCUGCAUACGCAACUUCUCUGCAAGCAACCGCCCCCUGGCACUGUCCCUCUCCAUAAGCUUCAACGGACUCAGCGCUGCCUUCUAUACCCUCUUUGCCAAUGCCAUCUCCCCGGACUCCCCGUCUGUCUACCUCCUCCUAAAUGCCAUCCUACCCCUCGUAGUAUCCAUUGUCGCGCUCCCAGCAAUCCUCCUCUGCCACCCACAUGAUCACGGCAACGUCCACAGCACGCCCAGUCAUGACAGGCGUGUCUUCCUCGGAUUCUACAUAAUUGCAUUCACCACCGGCAUAUAUCUAGUGAUCUUCGGCUCUGUCACCACAACCAGCUCCGCUGCACAGGUCGUCCUCACGGGCGCCAUGGCACUCCUCGCUCUUCCGCUCAUCAUCCCUGCCGCCUCCACUUGCACUAGUCAUAUGGGCACUCAUGGUCCUGACCCUGCAUUACCCUUCAGCCAUGACGACCCGCAGAAGCCGCUCCUGCUAAAAAACGAUCAACAGAGGGAGACCAAUGGCAGCACGGAACAGAAAUCAGUGGAAUGGCAGCUCGAGGGCUGUGGCUGUGGGAUGAUACUCGAGAAGGGCCGCAUGUUGGUUCUUGGUGAGGAGCAUAGUGCAAGGAAGCUCAUUCGGUGUGUCGAUUUCUGGCUCUACUACACAGCCUACUUUUGUGGUGCCACUGUCGGGCUGGUGUACAGCAACAACUUGGGGCAGAUUGCGCAGUCAUUGCACCGGGAAUCGCAAAUCACCAUGCUUCUCGCCGUCUACUCCUCAUGCUCCUUCUUCGGCCGCCUUCUCUCGGCACUCCCUGACUUCCUCCACAGGGCGGUGUCAUUUGCUCGGACAGGGUGGGUUGCAGCUGCGUUGGUGCCCAUGCCAGUGGCUUUCUUCCUAAUGUGGAGAUUUCAUGAUCAAAACACUCUGGUAGCAGGAACGGCACUAAUUGGCCUAAGUUCAGGGUUCAUCUUCGCUGCGGCAGUGUCAGUGACAUCCGAGCUCUUUGGACCAAAUAGCAUUGGCGUGAACCACAACAUCCUCAUCACUAACAUCCCUCUUGGCUCACUCCUCUACGGCCAGAUUGCCGCCUUGGUAUAUGAUGCAAAUGGCUUGAGGAGUACAGCACUGGACAAUCGCACUGGCAAGGUCGAAAGCAUGAUAGUGUGCAUGGGUGCGAAGUGCUACUCCAACACAUUCUUUGUGUGGGGUUGCAUCACAUUGCUGGGGUUGGCAUCAAGCAUGGCCCUAUUCUUGAGAACGAGACGGGCUUACGCUAGUGCUUCUGGUCAGCCUAGUUGUAAGCACCAUAACCAACUAGAUGGUGAAAGGAGAAGGGAGGGACGCACAGAAGCCCGUGUGGAUCAUGAAGAGCUCCAUGGAGGCGCCUAUGGCCGCACCGCCGGCGGCGAUCUUCAGCCGGCAGUGGAGGGCGUGGUCGACGACGGGGAGGACGCUUACCGGGAGUCGGAGGAUGAGAGGAAGGAGGAGGAGGCUGCGGUUUCGGGGCGUGGAGAGCUGGGGUGGCUCAGGCUCGACGGGGUUGGGAUGGAUAUCCUGAGCAUCGCCGCGCCCGCUGUGCUCGCGCUUGCCGCCGACCCCAUCGCCGCGCUCGUCGACACCGCCUUCGUCGGCCAUCUAGGCUCAAACGAGCUUGCUGCGGUUGGUGUAUCAAUUUCGGUCUUCAAUUUGGUGUCGAAGUUGUUUAAUGUUCCACUGCUUAAUGUGACCACAUCCUUUGUUGCUGAGCAGCAGGCAGUGGAUGAUGAUUACAGCGGAACAGGAGAAAAUGAAUUUCGAAGAUCUUCAGAUAAGUUAGCUGGACAAAGGAAGUUUCUUCCGGCGGUUACAACAUCUUUGGCUCUUGCUGCUGGCGUCGGGUUGAUGGAAACUGCGGCUCUGGUUUUUGGAUCUGGGACACUGAUGGACAUCAUCGGUGUACCCAUGGACUCCCCAGUGCGAAUACCAGCAGAGCAAUUUCUUACUUUUAGGGCAUAUGGUGCUCCACCUAUCGUAGUAGCACUUGCAGCACAAGGUGCAUUUCGUGGGUUGAUGGAUACAAAGACACCUCUGUAUGCUGUUGGUGUCGGUAGCCUAGUAAAUGCAAUACUUGAUGCCAUAUUUGUUUUUCCGCUUGGUCUAGGAGUAAGAGGUGCUGCCUUGGCAACUGUGACCUCUGAGUACAUGAUAGCUUGUAUCCUUCUCUGGAAGUUGAAUGGUAAAGUAGUUAUCUUCUCAGGAAACAUCAAUGGUGCUGGAGUAUUCCGCUACCUGAAAUCAGGUGGACUGCUGAUUGGUAGGACCAUAGCAGUACUCCUCACCAUGACACUGUCGACAUCCCUCGUUGCAAGGGAAGGGCCUAUUCCGACGGCUGGCCAUCAGUUAUGCUUGCAAGUAUGGUUGACAAUCUCUCUACUCAAUGACGCACUAGCUCUUGCUGGACAGGCUCUACUUGCAACUGAAUAUACGAAAAAGAAUUACAAGCAGGUCCGCACGGUUCUCUACAGAGUUCUGCAGAUUGGGGGCGUGACUGGUAUGGCACUGGCUGUGAUACUAUUUUUUGGUUUCGGGUCUUUCUCCUCGCUACUCACAGAUGAUCAAGCAGUUCUGGACAUUGCCAAAUCCGGAGUCUGGUUCGUCGCCAUUUCUCAGCCAAUAAACGCUGUUGCUUUUGUGGUCGAUGGGCUCUACUACGGUGUAUCUGACUUCGCGUAUGCUGCAUACUCCAUGUUCUUUGCAGGAGCUGUCUCGUCGGCGUUCCUGCUUGUCGCUGCUCCGGAGUUCGGUCUCGGUGGCGUCUGGGCCGGCCUCGUCCUUUUUAUGAGUCUUAGAGCAGUCGCUGGGUUGUGGAGGUUAGGGAGCAAAGGUGGACCCUGGAACUUGAUCUUGUCAGAGACCGAGUUACGUGACAACUGACAAGAGGUGAUCUACCCUAGACAAUUUGAUGAGAAGAUGGACAGAUAGAGAGAGGGAUGAAGAAAAAACAUCUCUUGAUUUCCUUGUACAGUUAAAAGAGGGCAAUUACAUGUAGAGAUCUAGUGGAAGUUGCAAGCUUUAUUUACUGCUAAGGCUUGUCGUUGUAUGUAUAACCAAGGCAGAGAAAAACGGUGAACCCUGUCAAAAAUAGUCACCGUGUAGUGCAGAUGAUGUGCAGCAGUAGAAGAAUUCUCUUAUUAUUUGGUUGUACGGAGUAGCAGUUUUUGCUGCAAAGUGCUAUAAAUUAGUUUCCUAGAGGCCAACAUGUACAUCAUGGAAUAUUUCAAUUCAUACUGUAGAACUGGUGCCCGUUAAUCUGUUGCUGAUUUACCGAGUA